UUUAAAAGAUAAAUAUAGUUUGUCAUUGGCAAGAGGGUGAAUCUUUACAAAUAACUUAAGAGCUAAAAUUGGAGAUGAUAAUUAUAGAAAGUAAAAAAGGAAUAAGUUAAAUAUCAGUACAGGAGUAAAAGAGAAAUUUGAAAACUUAAGAAGUGUGAUUAAGUGUUAUGUUUAAAAUGACUGUGAAAUGAAAUUGGGACAGCUUUAUUGGUGAAUAGAUCAGUUCAGAUAACACGUUGAACAAAAUUUCUACAAAAUGGCUACUGGUAAACAAAUAGAUACGGAUAUUCUUUCAGAUGAAAUAUUUGACGUGUUAUGUUCAAUGUGUAAAAAUAAAGGAAGAAACGCUGAAGGUGAAAAAUACUGUGUAGACUGUAAGGAUUAUUUCUGUAUAACUUGUGUUCAAGUACAUAGUCAAGUGCCUCUGUGUGCUGGUCACAAUGUGCUGGAUAAAUCUCAAGUAAAGUCAGGAACCAGCAAAUGUUACCCGAGGGCCCUAGCAGAGAGAUGUGACAAACACAGUCAUAAACACAUUGAUAUGUACUGUCAGAUCCAUGAUAAUGUUGGCUGUUCUACAUGUAUGGCAGUUGAUCAUAGAUUAUGCAAGGAUACAUUCUACAUACCAGAACUUAUCCAAAAUAACACAUACCAAAUUUCUUCAAGAGAAAUUCAAACAAUGUUGAAAGCGUUAGCUACCACCCUUGCAGAACAAGCUGAUAGAUUUAAACAGGAUAAACAAAGGCUGUUAAAGAGGAAAGCAGAACUACUGGCUGAUAUCAGAAAAUUCCGUCAAGAAAUCAAUGACCAUCUGGACAAGCUAGAGAAAAGUUCUAUAGAUGAGAUAGAAGAUAAAGUAAAAUGUUUUGAAGACACGAUAGAAGAUGGUCUCAAACAGCUACAAGCAAAUAAGUUUAGGAUUACAUCAGCCAGUGAUAAAUUAGCAUCUAAAAAAGCAAAUCCAGCUGAAGUGUUUGUUUAUGUUAAGAUGGCAGAAUAUGCUGCAAAUGUUGCCAACAAUUAUGUAGAGCAUACCAAAAUGAAAUGUACGGUAGAAGACAUAAUGUUUCAACCUGAUAGAACAAUUCUUACACAGUUAGAACACAGGAACACCCUGGGUACAUUAUCAGAGAAACUUACAAAGACCUCUGUUAAUUUAUUUCAGAUUAAAGGAAAUAAAUCAUAUAAUGUAAAAGUAAAGUCUGGUAAAUAUGAUUGUUAUACCAGCAGUGUCUGUUGUAUGGAAGAUGGUUCAAUAAUUCUAGUUGAUUACAUGAACAAGAAGCUUCAACGGUUACACAGUUGUAAAUAUACUGUCACUGACUACUGCGAUCUACCUGCAUAUCCCAUGAAGUGUGAUCAAUAACACACAAGUAGCAGUAACUGUUCCAUUACAAAAAGAAGUUUAUUUCAUUUCUCUUCAAAGACAAAUGAAAGCAACAAACAAGAUUAACACUGAUUUUGAAUGUUGUUGUAUUGUAUAUGCAAACAAUGAUUUAUAUAUUUCAGAUUGUGAUACAUCAGUAUAUAAGUAUACAUUGUCUGGUAGAAAGCUUUAACAGUUCAGUAAGUAUCAAUCAGGACAUGAGCUGUUUUCUGAAAUAUGCGGUCUAGCUGUCAGUAAGGAUUCUACAAGGAUUUAUGUUGCUGACUGCAUUGAUGGACUAACAGUACUGGACAACAAUGGUCAGGUUGUUACAUUAUUUAAUGAUAAACAAUUAGAGGGGGCUUCAUGCUGUUCUCUUACUGAAGCUGGUAGUGUGCUGGUAUCUGGAUGUGGCUCCAAUAAUGUUUUACAGUUUACAUGUUAUGGUGAUCUGAUAGGAGCUGAAAGUAGAAAGCGGGGAAUAGUGUCAGUCUGUUGUAAUCAACAAAUGUCAAAGAUGUGUAUAAGUAGAUAUAUAGAUGACAACAUUGAAGUGUAUGAUAUCUAAUCUUUUAAGUAAAUAUAUGAACCACUAUCAAUAAAAAUAUUAUUUAAAUAUCAUCCUGAUUCAUAUGUAAAAUUUGAUAUUCAAACAUAAAAUGUAAAAAGAAAAUAAAGUCACUUCAAUAACUUGAUUGUGACAAGUAUAUACAUGUACAAUAUGUAAUGAUACUAGUUUAAUUAAUUGUGAAUAUACAUGAAUUAUGCUGAAAAAUUUAUUUGAUUUAUCAAGUACAUUAUAUUGUUGCAUUAUGAUUUCAUAUAAAAUGGAUUCAUAUUUUUAAUUGUAUGUUGUGUAAAUGAGAUUGUGUUCAUGAGUGAAAUAUAAUCUAAACGCCUAAAUUUCUAAAUUUAUUCUUUUUGCAUGACUUUAAGAGUGAGGUUUUGCGCGCCUAAAACCGGUUUAAACUCCCCAGUGGUUUAUCAACCACUGACCGUUCGAAGGCGGUACCCCUCUGUGUUCCUUCACGUGUUUUUCAUGUCUGUGUUGUUACUUGUUUUUGACUGUUUACAUGUUUUGUGAUGUCUGCCUUGUUGGAUUGUCGUUUACGGUAGGUAUUUUCUCACACCCCUUCCAUUUUAUAACCCACUCCCCUUUCACCCUUACAGCCCUUAUCCCUUUAAUUCCCAUAUGGGCCCGUUUUAGUUUAUAUUAAUCCACACAUUACAUGUCCUCUCUUUUCACCGCCCUUAUGUCCACUCCAGGUUUUGGUUUGGUGCCUUCUGGGUGCCCUAUGAACGUUGCCUUUGCCUUGUUGAUCUUUAUUCUUGUCUUUUAUUAAGUUAUAAUAUGUGAGUUCCUUCUUGACCAAAUACUGCUUAUUAUGUAAUAAAUAUUAUACCAAAGACAAACAAGGUGUCAUUUACAUUCAUAUUCUUUUAACAAUUUUAUUUUAGUGAUUAUUAAUAACAUUUAGUGAGUUGAAUGGUCAUUUUAACAGUAAAAAACCCUCACAAGUUUCUUUCUGUUGUUAUUUGUAUUACAAUUCAUACAAAAUUAAUUCUAUGGCAACCUGAAUGCAGUCACAUGAAAUAAAUUGAGGAAUCAUAUCAACUCAUGAUUGAUUUUACUUGUGACAAAUUUUGCUGGUUGGUUGGUUGGUUUUACCAGCACAGUUUCAUAUGACUCAGUAUCGAAAUAGGAAAGCACAUUUUGGCUACUAAGAUUUCCCCUUAAACUAUAUUGCAUUAUUCUCAAAAUACUUAUCAUCAGGUUAAUACAUUCUUCAAUUACUUUGAUUUGAAAGAAAAAGUCAGUAAUUGUCUAUAAAUUCAUUGUGUAACAAAUAUUGUUUUUAUGUAAUGUUUGCCUCAAACCAGUAUUGUUUUUUUAAAAAAAUACCUUGUUGUAAAUUCAAAUUAAGGACACAAAGUCAAAGUGACAUAAAGCAAAUGAA